UUGGCUAAUGAUUACACCCCUGUUGUGCACACAGUCAUUGAAUGUGCAUGAGAUAGAAGAAUGCACAUAUAAAGUUUAUUGGCGGAGGAUGUUUAUUUUCUGCCCGAGUUAUUUAUUAUUGCCAUUCGUUGUCUUGUUGGCUUGAAAUUGAGCUUUCUGGUUUAAUUACCCUGAAAAAGAUUCACUGAACGCAGGUUGUGAUCUCCAGUAUUGUUGCCCAUUAUGGCAGGAGGCAUCACCGAGACCGGGGAGCUCUACUCCCCGUAUGUGGGCUUGGUGUACAUGUUUAAUCUGAUCGUGGGCACGGGGGCACUGACGAUGCCCAAGGCCUUUGCCCAAGCAGGUUGGGCGGUCAGCCUAGCGCUCAUCUCCUUCCUGGCGUUUAUGAGUUACAUGACCACUACGUUUGUGAUCGAGGCCAUGGCAGCGGCCAACGCUCAGCUGCGCUGGAAGAGGAGGGAGCAGGAAGAGGUCCAAGACAACGACUCCAUUUCUGAUUAUUCGGAUGAUGAUGUCCGGGGACGAUCAGAGCCAGAGACGAGGCCCAUUUUGUCCGUCCAGCGAACAGGAGGAGGACACGUUGAUCACUUUGACAUUGUGGAGAGGGUAGAGAUGGGUCAAAUGGCCUCCAUGUUCUUCAACAAAGUUGGUGUCAACAUGUUCUACAUCUGCAUGGUAGUCUACCUGUAUGGAGACCUGGCCAUCUAUGCUGCUGCUGUGCCCAUAUCACUAAUGGAAGUAGCCUGUGGUAACCACUCAUGCAGUGCUGGCAGUGUGAAAUACGACGACACCGACUUGUGCUGGGGGCCUGUCACCAGGAAAGACGCCUACAAGGUGUUUCUGAGCAUCUUCACCUUGAUGUUGGGCCCUUUCGUCUUCUUCGAUGCUCAGAAGACUAAAUACCUCCAGAUCCUCACCUCACUCAUGCGCUGGAUCGCGUUCACCAUGAUGAUUAUCCUGGCUCUGAUCCGUAUUGGUAAAGGCCGGGGCGAAGGCCACCCCCGUAUUGCCCAGAUCUCUGGGGUGCCAAACCUGUUUGGAGUGUGUGUCUACUCCUUCAUGUGCCAGCACUCCCUGCCCUCCCUGGUGACGCCCAUCUCUGAUAAGAGGCGUGUGGGUACCCUGGUGGUGUGUGACUAUGUCCUCAUCCUUGGCUUCUACGGCCUGCUCUCCUUCACAGCCAUCUUCUGCUUCGACAGCUCGCUACUACACGACAUGUACACCCUCAACUUCACUGACAACUGUGACGUGUUGGACAUCCCCGCUUUGCGCUACUUCCUGGGCCUCUUCCCCGUCUUCACCAUCAGCACCAACUUUCCCAUCAUCGCAGUCACGCUGCGCAACAACUGGAAGACCCUCUUCCACCGCGACGGGGGCACCUACCCCUGGGUGGUUGACCGCAUCGUCUUCCCCCUCAUCACCCUGGUUCCGCCCAUCAUCGUGGCCUUCUGCACCCACAACCUGGAGUCCCUGGUGGGCAUCACGGGCGCCUACGCUGGCACGGGCAUCCAGUACGUCAUCCCCGCCCUGCUGGUGUACUUUGGCCGACGCCACCUGGUGCCUAUGCUGGGCACGGACGAGGUCAACAAGCACCAGUCCCCGUUCCGCCACACCUUCUGGGUGUGGUUUGUAGUGGUGUGGGCUACCUUCUGCCUCAUGUUUGUCACAGCCAACAUCAUCCUGGAGGACACCAAGAAAUGAGGACACGGACUGAUUGUGAAAGACCGGUUUCUCUGUGUGGGUGUCUUGUAUUUCUACAUUUUCUCUACCUGAGGCCUUCCAGAACAUGGUACAGGUCGGACGGUGUGCCUUUUUAUGCUGCUCUUGUAGCAUGGGAACCCUUUUAAUUACAGCGGUAAUCAGCAGUUGAAACCAUUAUAAAGUGUCCUCCCCACCCCGGUUUCAGUAAAAAGGAUGGGACUGGAGAAAUGUAACCAUUAUAAAGUGUCCUCCCCACCCCUGUUUCAGUAAAAAGGAUGGGACUGGAGAAAUGUAACCAUUAUAAAGUGUCUUCCCCACCCCUGUUUCAGUAAAAAGGAUGGGACUGGAGAAAUGUAACCAUUAUAAAGUGUCCUCCCCACCCCUGUUUCAGUAAAAAAGAAUGGGACUGGAGAAAUGUAACCAUUAUAAAGUGUCCUCCCCACCCCUGUGUCAGUAAAAAGGAUGGGACUGGAGAAAUGUAACCAUUUGUCAAAUUCAUGGACUAGCCAUCCAUGAUAUCAAAAGGAUAUUUUUAACAAUGUUUUAAAGCGAUAUAGUGUUUAUUUACAUUUACUUUGUUUACAAACAGUCCCUGUUUCGGUAAAAAGCUUGAGGUUGAGGCUGGAGAUGUAAAUCAUUAUCAAAUUCAUAGAUCAAGCUAUGCAUGCAAGGACUAACCUUCCAUGAUAUCACAAUUAUAAUUUUAACCAUGUUUUGAGGCUAUAGAGUGUUUAUUUACAUUUACUUUGUUUACAACAUUGGAGUACAACAAGCUUAUAUUAUAGGUACUGAUCAGUUGUGAGAGUUGAACUAAGCGGAUGAGGCAUUUACAAGUUAUAUUCUUCAAUAAUCAAUGGGCACAUACAUUUAUUAUUAUAUCAACUGCAGAUCACCCCUUUUAAGAGUAAUCUAUACCAUUUGUGGGAAGAGACCAAAUAUCUCGUGAUUGUAUGAAAGCUGCUACCGUAUGUAGGAACACAAGGAAGAGGACCUUGUUCACUCUGUUCCAGUGUCCCUCUGUAGAAAAAUACAAGCUGAGCAAUCAGACUGUAUUAGCAAGGCAUUGCACUUCACAACAGCACUGUUUUUAAGCAUAUACAAAGAGCUGGUCAACUUGUUUCCAAAUGCUUCAUUUUAAAUCCAAAAUAACUGAAGGAAGGAUAGAGCAGGGAGGUGUCAGUGUUCCUCUAGACCUUCAGAAACAGUGUUGUGGCUAAAGACAGAAUAUGCUGAAACUAUGGAUAGAGCUCAGUGGAGGAAAAAUAGAACCUGACAACUAACUCAACGCUCCUGUUCCUAAUGGCAAUGCAGAGAGACUUUAAUGUGGCUUUAAAAUGAACUUGGGAUGGUGAAGAAAGCAAGCUAAAUGAAUCUGUUAUAAUCAGUUUAUUAUGGCUGGCAUUUCUACAUUCCUCACUGGUGGCUCUGCCUCAGUUCUCCUUGUCUUCCCUGUGAACAAUGAACCUUUGUCCAUGACAGAUCCCUGACUGAUGGGCCUGAUGACAGAGCUCCGUCUCUGGUCAUCAGGAGACCGAUCUUGAGUUCAAACUCUGUACACAAACCACCCUCAUGUUUUACUGUUCACCACCAAAUCAUCAGCCUUUCAUCAACUCCAUGUCAGCACCCGACUGCUCUCUGUUGAACUUUGACCCCAGAAAGUUAUCAAUGGACACAGGAAGGUUUAUGUUGGCUACAUCACCAGGAGCCAGCUGGUACAGUGCCUACUGUGCCACACAAAGAUGCCUCUACAGUAGUCCCAGUAUAUCUCUUUUUGCAAUCACUGGUUUUCUCAUACCAUGAACUGCACUGCCGGUUAAGGUCUUGUAAGUAAGCAUUUCACGGUAAAGUCUACACUUGUUGUAUUCGGCGCAUGUGGCAAAUAAUGUUUGAUUUGAUUUUAACCAUCUGUCUCGUGCUCGCUCGUAACGAGAAUUUCUCAGCUUGAGGUUUUAAUACAGUUUCCUGGUAGCUCAGUUUGAUCGACUAAUUAGAUUUUACUACCAGACGUGGGUACAGCCUCUUCGCCCUGAGCUCAGCUCAUGCUAAUGUCCACGUUAUACGCUUCUGUCUCCUCAUUGUCAUAUCCUCCGGUUCUAUAUAUCUAUUUAUAUCUCUGCUCUAUAGAAUAUAUAUUAUGUCCCAUUAUUGUCAUCAAGUUUGGAGCCCAACUACAGGAGUCAUACCUUUGUGAAACAGUAUUGUUGUUGGGGAAUGUAAAUCAUGUUUUGUGGUGUAGGGUUCCAUAUUACAUGGUCACAUUUAGAAUAGUGGUUUUCUUUUACUAUGUAAGUGCUAAAGUAAUAGCUAAAGUGUAUCGUUAGCUGGCUGUCAUGAGCACACUCCUGUUCAAAAAGGGAAAUACUUAUUGCCAUUCAUGGUUUGCACCUGCAACAUUGCACAAGUUUGCACAUAAUUGCCUUGGGUUUGACCUUUUGUGUGUUUUACAUAAGACUUUUGCAAAUGGUUUAUCAUCAAGAUGUUUGUAAGGGUUGAUAACUAUGGUAUUUAUCUAACAGUCUUCAAUGGUAUUCUUAACCCAUCAACAUAUACAGCUUGACACUAUUUAAAAUGCAUUAGACUAAUAGUCAUGCAUUGUAGCAUAUUGAUGGCAGUACAGGAUUGUUGGUGACUAUUGAAUGAGAGACCUCUGCAUGUUGUUGGUAUUGUGUGUGUUAGGACAGAAAAAGACUGCUGACUAUUUCUGUAACACUGCUUCUCUCAAUCUUGGGUUCCUUCUCUUCAAUCUUGUGUUCCUUCUGGUAAUUAUUGUUAACAGUACAUUUCUGCAUACAGCUCCUUCCAAAAUUCAGUAGUCAGUUGUUCCUUUAAGGCUUCCAGAUUGUGGUGGAUAGUUACUCCUCUUCUUAUUUUUCCUCAUCUUCUUUUCAAUACAAAUGUGCAAUAUGUUUUGAACUGGGUUGGGGAAGUAAGAUUUCAAGCGAAUAUUGACUGUUUCUGAGAGUGUUUGUCUGUGUGUGUAUUCUUCUGUGUCAGUGUAUGUGUCACUUUGAAAAUAUUUUAAAUGCGUAUGUCUGACUCUUAUUUGGAGUUGUGAAAUGUGCCUUUUUCCCGGGGUUAUUGUUUCCAUUCAUUUGUUGACUGUUGUUUUUCCUGGCACGUCUUUGUUUUAAGCAGCCUGUCAGUUAAGAUCUGCAUGUAAGCCAGUUAAAUUAACUGACAACCAAUGUCUCCUCAAAAUAAACUGGGAUAUCCUUGUCUUCCAAA